AUGGCACCCAAAGCUAGGAAGUCGAAGAAAGCUGUGAGGAGCGCUGGCGGCUCCAAAAAAUCCGUAAGCAUUGAAAUGGUGAAGCAAGCAGUGGCUGCCCUUGGUGACAGAAAUGGUUCGACGAUCAACGCGAUCUUCAACUACUUGGUACGAACGAAAAAAGUGUCUGCUGCCUCCCGAACGCUUGUCAUCCUUGCGCUGGGACGUGCUUGUCGUGAUGGAAGUAUGGCCAAGAAAGCGCCCGGAACUUUUGUCCUUCAAGCUGGUGGAAAAAGAAAAGCCGCUUCUCCCAAACGACGCAAGCGCAAGGCCAAGCGCGCAAGGAAGAGCAGAGCGAAGAGCGCCAGCAAAAAACGUCGCCGACAACGCAAGCGCAAAAAUCUUAAGAAGAAAGCCAAACGAAGCACGAAAAAGCGAAGCAGGAAGCCCGCACGAAAGUCAAUGAAGAAAUCAAGAAAAGCGCGAAGAAGCCGCAAGCCGGCACAAAAGGCCUUCAGGAGACCGGCAGCCAAGUCUGUGCGAAGACGGCCAGUGCGAAGGGCGGCAAGACGCAUCAACUAUCGCGAAUAA